CUUUCCGCCCCCGCCCCGCGGGUGCGCGCGGAGCCGCGGAGCGCGCCCCAGCCGAGCGCAGCCCGAGCGCAGCGCAGCCGCCCCGCUCCGGCCGCGUGUUCCCCCCCCGCAUCCCAUCCCCUCCCGGCGCAUGGGGCUUGCGGCCCCCGCCGUGCCGAGCUCCGGGCAUGCCCGCCCCGAGGGGCAGCGCCGGCAUGGAGAGCUGAGGCGCUGAGCCCCGCGCCGCGCCGGGACGGGCGGGCCGGGAUUCGUGACGAUGUGGAUGCGACGGCUCCCGGGAAGCAGGUCAAGUUGCCCGCUCGGAAGCCAUGCUUGGAUUUUAAUAGCCAUGUUCCACCUAGCCAUGGACCUUGCCAGCUGCCAGCCCCUGGCCAGUGGCACUGGGGGCAGGCUCUCGCCGCGGCCGACGCUCCGGCAUAGACUGUCCCGUGGAUCAUUAUGGGGCGCAGGGAGCGGGGAGGAGCUGAGGCGCCCUGGACCCCCUUGGACCUGCACCCCCGCGCCCCUCCUGCAGAGACCCCGCUCCCGCCGGCCGCCCCCCACCGCCCCGCUGCCCACCGGCCGCCCUCAACGCCGGCCCCGCUCUCGGAGAAGCCGGCGGCACCUGCGUGGCCGCGGAUUUGCCCCACGGGACGGGCGCCCCACGGCGCUGCCGGAGGUCAUCGUCUGGGGCCCCACGGGUGAGGAGGACUCCUUGGAGAGCAGCACGCUGCCCAGCGCCUUCACCACCGCCGCCACCACCACCGCCGCCACCACCACCACCACCACCACUGCUGCCACCGCCGCCGCCGCCACACCGCCCCACGUGCCCCCCAGCACCCUGGCUCCCGUGCCCGGUGGGGAUGCGUCCCGUAGCAGCCCCGGCCGCACCAGCACCGCUGAGCCGGCUGCCGGCCACAGCAGCAGCAGCGGCGGCAAGGAUGCUCGCCCGCCGCGCGGGCUGGGAGACAGCACAGGUCUGGCGGUUCAUCAGAUAAUCACUAUUACUGUGUCCCUCAUCAUGGUCAUAGCCGCUCUGAUAACAACUCUUGUCUUAAAAAAUUGCUGCGCGCAGAGCGGGCGCCCGCGGCGCAACAGCCACCAGCGCAAGCUGGACCAGCAGGAGGAGAGCUGCCAGAACCUGACCGACUUCGCCCCCGCCCGCGUGCCCAGCGCCCUCGACAUCUUCACCGCCUACAACGAGACGCUGCCGUGCUCCCACGAGUGCGUCCGGACCCCCGUGUCCGUCUACGCGGAGGAGGCAUUGCACUCGCCCGGGGAUUAUAAAACCACCUUCAAUGGAAACAGACCCUCUUCUUCUGACCGGCAUCUUAUUCCCGUGGCCUUUGUGUCUGAGAAAUGGUUUGAAAUCUCCUGCUGACUGGCCGAAGCCUGUUUGACUCCUGGGGGCAGGGCAGACGCCAUCGGGCUGUUUCCUGGAUUCCAUUGGUGAACCUGUAAAAAAUAUAAAAAAUACUGGGUUACCUGUACCUACCAUUUCUGUUUACCAGUAGGAGACUCAGAGCAGCGUUCUAUGGGCCAAAUCUAUUUUUAUAUAAAUGAACACGCCUAUAGGGAACUGCGUUUUACAAAGAGUGCGUUUUUUGGAGAAGAGAAAGACAAAAUGUGCGAGCGAAGAAUCCCGUGGAGGAAGAGGAACCGGCGAGAGAGGGGUUGUGAGGGAAGGACCGAGCGCCUGGAGCCUGGAUGGGGACUUGUGACUCUGAACCUGUGCCAAUAAUACCAUUAUGUGCCAUGUACCGACGCGAAGACUUCACGAGAGGCCGAAGCGGAGUCGCUAAUGCCUGGAAUCGUUGUGGAGGAUGAGUGGGGCGUCUCUUCUGGUGGGGUCAUUCAUUCCGGUCCAUACGCAUCCAUACAUACGAUAUAUGUAGAGAGAAAAAAAAUAAUAUAUAUAUAUACACACACAAACACUUUUUGUACUGUAGCAAUUUUUGAAGAUCUUAAAUACUCAUUUUUAAAGACGAUACCAUGGGCUAAAAGUCUAAUUUCUUUAACAUGCAUAAUGCGAACUAGGUGAACCGAUGUUUUCUACUUUGGCAGCUUGCCUUUCCAACCUAUAUGUGUAUAUAUAGGUAGACAUAUAUACAUAUAUAUACGUGUGUGUGUGUAUGUAUAAGCAUAUAUAUGUAUGUAUACAUAUAUAUAUAUAGUUUUGGUUCUUUUUGGAAAUGCUUUUCCAGUGGUGGUGAUGUGACCGCAGCAGUGGGGGUGGCUGGAGCGCUCCCGGCAGGGAGGGAGCGAGAGGCUUCCCAAAAACCAGCGGGAGCUCUGGAAGGGAUGGCAGAGAGCUCCAGAGGCUGGUCUGGAAUGAAAGGAGAACGGAAACAGGGAUUAUAGCUGGAAGGAUGCGUCUGGGCCAAAUUCACAAAGUGCAUUCUUGCUGCAGGAGGUGCUGCAAGCCCCCUUUCCGUGAUGCGGGAUGCUACGUGUGCAGGGUGUCUGAGAUGUUGUUCAUGCACCAUCACGUUCCCAGGAGUGGAGUAGAGGGACAUGGCAAGCGGGAAGCAGGUCUUCUGGCUCCUGGCAGCUUGGGAAAGCUCAAGGCAGUGCUGAAGGGCAUUUCCAGCCUCUUGCAGCCCAGUGCAUCAUCAGAGUAGAUGGCAAGAAGGCCAAAAGCCCACACCUGCCUGUUGUUUCGCGGUGCUGCAGUCCCUGCUGCGAUAGGCGCGAUGCUUUGAGGCUGGCCGGGGACACGUUUGAGGCAUGGGCUUUGGAAGGAUGGGCCUGUCUUGGCACAAGAGACAAAUUUCAGGUGUGAAAUGUGGAAGUUCUUUGGAAAAAUGGCUUCUAAAUUGGCCACAACACCAAAGCUUGCUCAGCCCCUUGUGAGAAACAAGAGGGGAAUGAGCCCCUUGCGUCCUGACCCAGCCCAAGGCCAGCGAGCGCCAGGGAGUCUCUUUGCUCUCAUGGUCUUGGUUGGGUCUGCGGUGGCAGGAGAAGACGCGGCUCGCUGUCCGCGAUCAUGAGGAUAUUUUAGUAGCAGUAAAAAGGGAAUUUUGCCUAAGGAUUUGCCAGGAAAAUACAGUUGCACUAGCUCUGGCUUAGUGUGUUGCUCUAGAAAUGUCCCAUCGCCCAUGGGUGGUUUUGGUAGGUGCCAACAAGCAUGAUAGCCUACCUGCGAGCUCCCCCAUCGAAAUCUUUUUGGAGUUCAGGUGCUGCUGUCGGUGCGGCAGUCCAUGCCGUGCUGUGUCCCAAACCAGUGGGGCUGGAAGAGCCAGGCAGGAGGAGAGGGCAUGGUGACAGUGGGCUUGGGUCUCCCAUCCUGUGUGGGGUCUCACCAUGGUUUGAUCUGCUCUUUACCAUGUGCCCUGCUCCAAGCCCGGGCUUUCCAUGUAGACCGUGCCAAGGCAAAUCUUGCAAAGGACCACCGGGAAGCUGCACCGAAUGGGUUUGUGCCAGGGUUUGCUUCACAUCAACCAGCGAGGUGGGUCGCGGUUGGGUUGCUUCAGCGUUGUGUAGAUGGGAACGACAGCAGCGUUCAGACCAAAGUCCUCCGGUUCUUUUUGUAAACUGCCCUUCAUAACUAUUAGUAAUUUCUUAUAGUUGUCCAGAAACACGUUUCUAUUCAUCUGCUAAUUAUUCAGCUCCAUUUCUUUAUUAUAAUGAACGUGCAGUUAAAAAGACAAAAGUAGGACCUUCUGGUAUUAGCUACGUGUGCAGUCUCUUGUUCCAGUACCUUUUCUGUCCUUUCCUGAUGGAAUUGCUCAGUCUGAUUUAUUUUUUCCCGAAUUUUUGGAAGCUGCCCCAGGAAGAGGUCUUCCUUGUUGGACCUGACAAUAGCCUGUAGACUUGAACCAAACAUCUCUGAAAUCACUGGCAACAUUCCCUGCGACUCCGAUGAUCCUCAAGCGUCACCUCAGGUGUGUCCUGCACUGGGGUCGCUGCUGAGCGGCAGCCAGAGAGGAGGAGGGCGUUCCUGUUGCUCCUGGCCAGGUUUUAGUUCAUGUCCAAACGCAUUCCUUCCACAGAGGUGGUUUCUCAUGGGUGCUGAGCUGGGUGGGUGUAGGCACCAGCAGGAGAUGCGCAUCCCCAGGGCUGGGGUUUUGUGUUGGGAGCAUUGCACAGGGCUGGGUCCCCUCGGACUUGUGCAGCGGAGCAAAGAGCUGCUUUUUUUUGUGUUUCGCAAGAGCAAACCUUUCCAUGGUGAGGCUGAGCAUGGGGCAGAGGGGUGUCUGCUGCAUGGCUCCGUGUGUGGCUCCCCGGGGUGCUGUGCCUCCCUGGGAUCCCUCUGGAGGGGACAGUUUCUUGCUGGAGGAGCAACACCCCGAAGCUUUAGCUUUCCCUGGGAAACACAGGCUGUCUGCCCCGGACAAGGGGAGGCACAGCCGGGCUUCAUCAGCUCCUGCUGGUCUCACACGGGCAUCUUGUCCGAGUUACCAAUGCCCCUGCUCUGCUGGAGCAGCAAAACCCACGCAAGGAGCAUGGGUUCUGAGCAACUACUCCCGGGCAAUCCAUCGCCUCAUAACAGGGCUUUUGUGUUCUAGUGAUGUAAACGGAGCUGCCCCUGCAAAUCACCCUCGCUGGCACAGGUUUUGAAUUCUCCUUCUUUGUUUGACUUUGCUGGCACCAAUCCGUGCCGGCUCGGGAGCCGCGUCUGUUGUGCUUCACCCAUUGAUCUUCCGAUUUAUUUGUACGUGCUGACUGCACCCAGCAGCUCUUGCGGGUAUUCCGGUGUGAUCUCAAUAGCAAUUUGACAUCAUAAAAUAUAUCUCGGCUCCCUUGUUCCCAAGCGUUGGAAGCGUCGUUCUAUAUUUAUGCAUUUAUGGAACCCGCUGCCUGAUGGGGAAUUGUCGGGAGCAGCUGGGGGCUGGUGGAGCGGUGCUGGUGAUGGAGAUGGUGAUGGAGAUGGUGACGGAGACGGUGACGGAGAUGGUAACGGAGAGGCGCUCGGCACCCAGCUCCCAGGAAGCUGAGGGCAAGGAAGGAGAAAGUGUGUUUGUGUGCCAGGGAGAGAGAAUGAAUGCAAAUAGCUUUGACCUUGGAUGGGGGACCAGGUUUCUGACAGCAGGACUUGCAUGAGCUUUCCACAUAGUCUGCAGAAGGACGUAUCCUGGUCACCGGGAGACAAGCGGUGAGCCAGGGAAUAAAAGUAGAUGCACAAUCUUCCCUUAUUUAUAAGGACCAACAGCACUUGCACUUUAUCAGAGAAACCCUCCCAUCCCUACGCAUGCCAAGCACACCGACAAGGGACAACUGCGGCGAGGAUCGGAAGGAGAGAAGGGCCAGAGCUGCAUGUGAUUUACAAGGCAGGAUCCUAGCAUCCCAAUGUCUUCUGGAGUAAAGAGAAACAAACUGUGGUUAUUCUAUUCCCUACCAGUGAGGAAAGCAUCCCCGCUGUGUCCGGGGCGGUCACCCUGCUGCGGGACCGUGCCGGGAGCUGCGGGCACGCGUGUGGUGGGGCCGGGUGGGUACGAUCAGCCCAGGGGUGCAGCCUGGAUGCAGGAUCAGGCAUCCAGCACAGCCUAGCAAAACCAGCGUGCUUUUUUUUUCCUCCUUGGAAAAAACAGAGCUUUUCACCGUGUUUUGUUUCAUUGUGGACCUGGCAGCUUGGGAAAAACAAAAGGUUGCUCCUUGCUUUGCCAUUGACUUCCAGCUAGCUGCUGCUUGUUCCUUUUCGGUUCAUUUUACAGACUCCUUAGCCCCUCGGUAGUCCCUAAGAAACGCGUCACAGCUGCCGAAAGGCUGCCAGACUCCGAGAUGUGCAGUGGUGUGUGGUCGUGUGUGGCUUGUGGCUCUGCCUUAGGGAGAAAAUGGUUUGGGAUGAGCUCUGCUCACCACCAGCAUCUGCUGGAGCUGGCAAAGCCGGCUGCUCCCAUCCUGGGCCGGUGGCUGCUCUGCUCCCUCCGGAGAGGACAGCCUGGCUCUGGCUCUCCCUGCGGCUCUGCAGCAGCCCAGAGCUCCUGGGGCCAUGUGGGACCUCUCCUCCAUCAAAACUCCUUGCGAACGCGAUGCUGAGGGCAGCGGGCAGGGCUGCUCGGCGCAGCCGGCGCGGUGGGUUCUUUUCUGUGCCAAACUAAGCCGCUUUGGGGCUGCUGCUCCGAGCUGCCGUGUUGCAGCACCUCUGCGUGCAGCAGGGAUGAGCAGGGUUUGGUACCCAAGCCCUGAUUUUUGCAGAUGGGUAUCGCGAGGGCAGCGUCAUCCCGGAGCUUCCCCGGGUGUGUGGGGCAGAGCGGGUCCCGAGCAGCUGCCCAUCUCCCCAGAUCCGAUUGUUUACCUUCACUCUGUCUUCCCAGCGAGGGGAAUGGGCAGUGGCGGUGGCGGAGGGGCCGUGUGGGAGGCGUGGGGCUCGUCUGCGCGCUGUGGUCCAGAGGUUGGAGCAGCGGCAGCGAAACCAGCACGGGGAGAGCGUGCAGGGGUGGAUUUUGGGGUUCCCUCUUCCCCACUGGCAGCUCGGUGCGAAGGAAGGUAGUUCAGCUAAACUGGUAGUGAAAUAGUAGAUAUUCUACACAUAUUAUAUAUUUUGUAAAAAAAAAAAGAAAAGAUUAAAAUAAAAUAGAACAAAAAUAUCUAUAUAGCCUAUCGCAGCCCCCCAUUUCAGGAUGAGCGUGGCUGGAAUUUUCAUCCAGCCAGGUAUAAAAUCUGUAAGCGAUCUUUUCAAAACCAGCAAGAAAUCCCUCCCCAUUUCUGAGUCCGUGGGUUUGGUCCCCAUCCCAUCUAACGCUUCUCACACAUUUUUAAGAGCUAUUCCCAGCGUUUGUAGGUACAUUUUUAAUAGUGUCACGAGUGGAGAUAAUAUUUACUUUGAGAAUAAGUAUAUGUUGCACAAAAAUGUACACUAAGGGCACAGAUUUCUGACCCAGAUUCUUCUAUUUUAGGUUCCGAGGGGUUUAUUUUUCUGUUUGAUAGGACAUGUACAGUGAAGUUUACACUUUAUUUUUAUUUUGCCAAAAAACAAAAAAACGUUUUCUAACAUGAGCCAGCUUUUCCUUUGUAAACGGUUUGACAUCACUGAGUACUUCUUUAUUUUCCUGGGAGAAUCCCUUACCGCGAGGCACCUCGGUGCGCGAUGCUCUCGCGCGCUGCCCGGCCAGCCCAGCGCUCCAGGCUGUCGCCGGUGGAAGCGGCCGUCACCUUGUGGCAUCGUGGUUUCCCCGGUGCCGGGGAGCCAGCGAGAACUGUUUUCUUCCCGAGUGGUUUUUAAUUUGUCUCUGUACUUGGAAGCUGUGUAUUUGGAAGCACUGUAAAUGCCACCCUAUACCGAGUUCCCUGUGUAUAUUUAGUACUCUGAUGUUGCUAUUAAAACUGAUAUGAGAACCGCGCA